AUGUCUGUUGCACCAUGGUAUAUUAAACAACGUGACAAGGAUCUGCUGGGGAAAUUCAAAUUCAUACAGAAUCAAGAAGAUGGGAGAUUAAGGGAGGCUACAAACGGAACGGCGAAUUCCCGAUGGUCGCUAGGAGUCAGCAUAGAGCCGCAUAACGACGCUAGGAACAGGUACGUCAACAUCAUGCCAUAUGAAAGGAACCGCGUUCAUUUAAAGACUUUGUCUGGGAAUGAUUACAUCAAUGCCUCGUACGUCAAAGUGGACGUCCCUGGACAGAGUAUCGAACCAGGCUACUACAUUGCGACUCAAGGCCCUACUCGAAAAACGUGGGGCCAGUUUUGGCAGAUGUGCUACCACAACUGUCCCCUAGAAAACAUUGUCAUUGUGAUGGUGACUCCCCUGGUCGAAUACAACAGGGAGAAAUGCUGUCAGUACUGGCCCCGCGGUGGCCCAGACGAUACGGUGAGGCUUGCGCCCCAAUGGCAAAGCCCCGAUGGGCCCAAUGAUAUGACUCAGUUCCCGUCCGACCUGAAGAUUGAAUUCCUAAGCGUACACAAGGUGGAGGACUACUACUCAGUAACCGACAUUAGACUGACGCCCGUGGACCCUAGUGUGGGGCCCGUGAAGACCGUUCAUCACUUCUACUUCGAUCUUUGGAAAGAUAUGAACAAGCCGGAGGAAGUGGUACCUAUAAUGGAAUUGUGUGCCCACUCCCAUAGUCUGAAUUCUCGUGGUAACCCCAUUAUUGUGCACUGUUCUGCAGGUGUUGGGAGAACAGGGACGUUCAUUGCUCUGGACCAUCUCAUGCACGAUACAUUGGACUUCAAAGAAGUCACCCAGCAUCUAAGGCGCCUGGUCGAGCCCUCAGAGAAGUACACACGGGACUUGAUCGAACAGAUCGUGCUUCAGUUGCGCUCGCAAAGAAUGAAGAUGGUGCAGACGAAGGAUCAGUUCCUUUUCGUCUAUCAUGCCGCCAAGUAUCUCAACAGCCUGCCUGUCAAACAGCAGAAAACUACAUAA